GGCAAGUGAGUGAGUCUGUUCUGAAGUCACAGUAAACGAGACGUAACUUCAUCACCUCGCCUGUUUAUUGCCUCCCAUUCAAUAUAUCACAAAUGGCGACGAAGAUUUAAAAGAAGCCACUGCGUGAAGGGACUUUAGAGGAGCGCUGUGCACUGGUCAUAGGUAAGGCUGAAGAGUAGCCUACUUUGUGGAGGAACCGGGCACGUGUCGGAGUAGCAGUAGCACCGGAUGCUAACAUGGCUCUGACAGUGGGUCGCAUCGAUGAAUACAAUGAUUCAAAGGAGGAUUUUGAUUCAUAUCUGGAGCGUUUGGAGCAGUGGAUGCUGGCUAACGAGAUUGAAGGGGACAAGAAGGUGUGUGUUUUCCUUUCUGUUAUUGGAGCAGACACUUAUAAGCUGCUGAAGAACCUCACGUCUCCGGCAUUGCCAAGUACUUUAGGGUAUGAUGUGCUGAAGAGGGCGCUAUGUGGACAUUAUAAGCCCGCACCUGUUGUGAUAGCGGAGCGUUUUCGCUUUCAGAAACGUAAUCAGAAGGAAGGAGAAGCCGUUUCUGAUUACAUUGUGGCUUUGAGACAGUUGUCAGCAACCUGCAAUUUUGGACAAUAUUUGGACGAUGCCAUGAGAGAUCGUUUUGUGAGUGGAUUACGUUCUGAUGCAGUGCAACGCAGGCUGUUGUCUGAAAGGGACCUGACGUUUCCCCGUGCUUGUGAAAUUGCAGUCUCCAUGGAGCUUGCUUCCAAAAAUACAAUGGAGUUUUCUGGACACAGUGGACCUCACCAGGUAAAUGCCCUGUCAAGUGUUUCUCAUUUUUCUGAGAAGGGGAGGAAAGGACAGUUCAGAUGGAAAAAUAAUAACAAAGCAAAGGAAUACAGAGGAGGCAAAAGAGACACAGGGGGACAGCAAACAUGCUACAGAUGUGGUGGGAAGCACUCACCACAUGACUGCAGAUUUAAAAAUGAAAAGUGUCAUGCUUGCUCCAAAAUUGGACACAUUGCCCGUGCAUGCAGGAAGACUAAAGGCCAAUCUUCAACUCAGUAUGUUGAAACUGAAGGGAGUGCAUCUAGAAGUGGUGAUGAGGCAGAACUUUUUGGAUUGUACGCAGUUGACUCUACCUCAAACUGGGGAAAAGGUUAGACAGUGGAUAUUGUACUGGGAAACAAGAGCACCACAAUGUUACUGGACACAGGUUCAGCAGUGUCAGUAGUUUCUGACAGUUUUUACCAGGCAAACCACACUCAAUUUCCUUUGAAACCAGUUUUCAAGUUAAAGUUGAAAUCAUAUUCAGGCCAAAGGAUUGCUGUUCGAGGGUACAUCAUGUUACCAGUACAGUACGAGGACCAGCAAGUGACACUCCCACUGGUCAUUGUACAGGGAAGCAGACCUGCACUGAUUGGCCGUAACUGGCUAAAAAAGCUACGGCUGAACUGGAAACAUAUUUUCACUGUACAAAAGGUGCAGAAAAGGACGCAUGGUAACACAGGAGUACAGGAGGUGAUAGAGAGACAUCAGGCAGUGUUCUCAGAGGGCCAAGGCUGUAUCACAGGGUUUAAAGCUAAAAUACGCACCAAACCUGAUACCACACCAAUUUUCUGCAAGGCUCGCCCAGUUCCUUACGCACUAAAGGAAGCUGUAGAAAGAGAGGUAGAGAGGUUGGAGAGUGAAAAAGUGAUUUCAAAGAUUGAAACUAGCGAGUGGGCAGCUCCAAUAGUUACAGUACCUAAGGUUGACAAAACGAUCAGGAUUUGUGGUGACUACAAGGUUAGUGUUAAUCAAUGCAUUGAAGAGCAGACCUAUCCAUUACCGAAUACGGAAGAUCUAUUCGCUACAUUAGCAGGAGGUACAUCUUUCAGCAAACUGGAUCCGUCACACGCCUACCAACAACUACAGUUGGAUAAAGAGUCAGAAAAGUAUCUGACCAUAAACACACAUAAGGGUCUGUACAAGUAUCAUCGCCUCAGUUAUGGAGUUUCGAGUGCUCCUGCAAUAUUUCAGUCUGUUAUGGACCAGAUUCUGCAAGGGAUGGACCAUGUGACAUGUUUUUUGGACGACAUACUCGUUACAGCUUCUUCGGAGGAGGAGCAUUUGACAAGACUGGAUAAUGUUCUCACACGUUUGGAGAAGCAUGGCAUCAGGGUGAAGCUAUCAAAAUGUCAGUUUUUCCAGAGCAGUGUCGAGUAUUUGGGACAUCGUAUUGAUAAGACUGGGUUACAUCCCACAGAAGAAAAGGUGACUGCCAUAACCAAUGCACCUGAGCCCACAAAUGUAACAGAACUGAAGUCUUUCUUGGGUCUUCUGAACUAUUACAGCAGAUUCCUGCAAAAUCCCUCUACUGUGCUCAAGCCUCUGCACAACCUACUUAAAAAGGACUCAAAGUGGAUUUGGACAGUUGAAUGUGCAAAAGUAUUUGAAGAUGCAAAGCAACUUCUACUGCAGAACAAGGUGCUGGUACACUACAACACCCGCCUGCCACUGCGAAUUGCAUGUGAUGCUUCGCCUUAUGGAGUUGGGGCUGUAAUUUCACAUGUAACAGAAGAUGGAGAAGAGCGACCUGUUGCAUUUGCCUCAAGGACACUCACUGAACCAGAAAGGAAGUAUGCCCAAAUUGAAAAGGAGGCACUUGCUAUCAUUUUUGGAGUAAAGAAAUUUCAUAAAUACCUUUACGGAAGGAAAUUCACACUGAUCACUGAUCAUAAGCCACUGUUGGCCAUCCUGGGGCCAAAAUCAGCAGUUCCAACGUUGGCAGCAUUAAGAAUGCAACGCUGGGCACUUAUUCUCAUGGCCUACAAUUAUGAGGUUGAGUAUAAAAAGUCAGCUGAUCAUGCUAAUGCGGAUGCUUUGUCACGCCUACCCCGAGUAGGGAUGAACAACACAGCAGUGGAGGGAAGUAUCUUCUAUUUUUCAUACUUGGAUGAACUUCCUGUGUGUGCAAAAGACAUUGAGAGUGCUACUCUUAAAGAUCCUGUGCUAAGUAAGGUGUGGAACUACACAUUAAAUGGCUGGCCAAGUUAUGUGCAAGACGCAGCAUUGAGACCUUACUUUGUACGCAGACAGGAGUUGUCAGCAGAUCAAGGCUGCAUUCUCUGGGGACAGCGAGUCAUCAUACCCCCAGGUUAUCGACAGAGCUUACUGGAGGAUCUCCAUCAUGAACAUCCAGGUAUUUGCCGUAUAAAGGCUCUUGCCCGCAGUUACCUUUGGUGGCCAGGCUGUGAUGGUGAAAUUCAAGAGCUGGUGAACAAGUGCUCAGUCUGCCAAGCAGUACAGAAAAUGCCAGCUGUGGCACCGUUACAUCCUUGGCGGUGGCCAGAAAGAGUGUGGCAAAGAAUUCACAUUGAUUUUGCAGAGAAAGAUAAACAGUAUUUUUUGGUUGUCAUUGAUAGCCAUUCAAAGUGGUUAGAGGUUUUUCCCAUGUCGUCCACCACUUCUCACAACACCAUUAAAGUGCUGCGCGGUCUGUUUGCUUCGUAUGGACCGCCAGAAGAGCUAGUUUCAGACAAUGGCCCACAGCUGGUGGCAAAAGAGUUUACUCAGUUCCUGGAGAGUAAUGGAGUAAAACACACUGCUGUACCGGCUUACCACCCAGCAUCAAAUGGAGCAGCAGAGAGAUCAGUACAAAUCUUGAAACGGUCUCUGAUGAAGAAUGUGCUGGAAGCAGACAGCAAGUCUUCCUUGUCACUCAGUCACAGACUUUCAAAUUUCCUUCUCAUGUACCGCAGUACACCCCACACAGUGACGGGACGUACUCCAGCCGAGUUAUUCCUGAAACGCCAGUUGAGGACUCGUUUCAGUUUGCUCAAGCCGGACCUUGCCAGACGGAUCGAAGGAAAACAAGCAGCGCAGAAGCUUUAUCAUGACAAAAGGCCUCCCCCUAUUCGCUUUUUCCUGGAGGGAGAGGUUGUUCGGAUCAGAAAUUUCAGGGACGGAGUGGAAAAAUGGAGUAAAGCAAAAAUACUGAAAAGACUGGGAACUGUCACUUACCUGAUCCAAGCGGGACAGAGACAGCGCACUGUGCAUGUGGAUCACAUGUUACCAUGGCGAGAGAACAUGGGGAGACUGCCAGUUAUCUUGUCUCCACCAGUUGCAGAAAAUGUGCCAUCAGUACAACUGGAGAGUGCUAUGUCAAUUCCAUCACCAGGACCAUCAGUGAGUCAGACACAAACAAGUCUCAACACUGAAGUAGAUUCAAGUCCUGCUGAGUUGCCAUCAUCAGAAUUCAGAUCACCCACAACAAAAACCCCACCAGUCAUCCGCAGGUAUCCAGAAAGGGUUCGAGUACCACCAAACAAACUGAAUCUCUGACAACAGUAUAAAAAGCUGUGUUAAAGGUGUAUGAAUACUGUUUGUAUAAUACAUAUGUUGUUGUUACAAAUGAGGGUUAAGUGUUCAGUACUAAAAAAAAAUAUAUAUAUAUAUGGCAUAAAUAGUUUUUCUAAUUGAGCCUGCUGCAUUUCUGGUUGGGUUUUUUUUUUUUUGAGUAACUUCUAAAAUUCUAAAAGGGGAGGAAUGUAAUAGAUUGGUCUAUGUGUGUAUGUUGCCAUCUCCUGGUCAAUGUUGGUCAUAGCAUACUGGGGUUGCUUUUUGGUUGGCCAACGUUUUACGUUGUUGUUGUACACUUGACGGCAAGUGAGUGAGUCGGUUCUGAAGUCACAGUAAACGAGACGUAACUUCA